GAUGAUUACAAUGAAAGCUCUAAUUUUCUUUUUAACCGCUGUUCUUUUAGCUGCCAGCGAAGAUAUUUUGGAUGUACCAAACGGAUGUCCAAAGAAUUGGGCGCAUCUGAAUAAUAGAAUGUCUUACAUUUUAUUCGAGCAAAACAGAACCCAAACUGAUGCAAACGAAUUUUGUAAAAGCCAAAAGGGGCAUUUAUUAUCACUAUGGUCUAAGGAGGAGAGAGAGUUCAUUGAAACUUAUAUAUUAAAUGGGACAAAUAGUCAAAAUCAGACUAAGAUAUGGAUAGGAAUGUUGGCGCCGAGUUAUAGAGGAUACAAUUGGGAAUGGCUUGAUACUUCCAGUCAAAAUAACUUGAUAAAUAUAUUGCCGAAAGUUACAACCACGUCGUGUUUGGCAGCAGAAAUAGUAGAUGGUAAUAUUUGUUAUGUACCUCAUCACUGUAAUGAUAAACUUCCAUUUAUUUGUAAAAGAAGCUGCUACAAAGUGUAUCGUGCCGGCCUACCAUGGGAUGAAUUCGACAUUACAAAAAAUAUCUCUUCAUACGAAGUAUUUGAAGAUCGUUUUAGGAGUUCGUGGUUUUAUCCGCUUUACGAUCCUAAUCUUGGAUAUAAUGUAAACUAUACAGAAAAGAUUGACACAAAGAAUGUAUUUGGGGAUUCGAGGUGCGCGUUCGAGUGUCUGCAGGAGCCGGAUUGUGUUUCAUUCAUUACAGAAUGCUUGAAGAAGCGAGAAUGUAUGACAUCCCAAUGUCAUCUGCUUAGAUUUAUUAAGUAA